AUGACCAACCAAAUGCUUUCCUUUAUUAACAUUUUGAGUUUCGUAGGACUUGUUACACUUCUCACUUGUGCGUAUAGAACUUUCAAUUGGGUUCUUUUAUACACGCGACCAUCACGUUUGCGACGCUUCGCGCACCCAUCUCCCAAUGGGGAGGAAUGUUGGGCCCUGGUUACCGGUGCCUCUGAUGGGAUCGGCAAAGCUUUCGCACAUGAGCUUGCCGCGAAUGGCUUCAAUGUCGUACUCCAUGGUCGAAACGACGCCAAACUUCACCGCGUAGUUUCUGAGCUCCAAGCGACAUUCCCACGGCGUUCAUUUAGGGUGCUUGUCGCUGACGCUAGCAACGUCGCGGAUACCGUUCAUCUCGCUACCGGUUCUGGAUCGGCCAAAUUUGAAUUUUUGGAACACUUAUACGUCACGGCAUUAAUCAACAACGUUGGUGGCAGUGUCUUGAGCCCUGAUUACCCCCCAUUGAGUGCAACACCAGAGUCCAGCAUCGCAAGCAACGUGAGCCUCAAUGCUCUCUUCCCACUGCAUCUGACGCGUGUUCUGCUGCCAAGACUCGCCCAGAACCAACCGUCGCUCGUCCUGAACAUGAGUACACAGGCAAGCACCGGGCAGCCUUUAAACUGUUGUUACGCUGCUAGUAAAGCGUUUCUCAUUUCACUUACGCGAGGCCUGCGACUAGAGAUGUUCAUGGAGGGUGUCGAUGUGGAAAUACUAGGCAUACAGUGUGGGAGAGUCACAGGAGCUGCGGGCUUCACUGAUGCUCCCUCAUUAUUUGUACCCAGUGCUAUUAGGAUGGCUCGGGCAGCUUUGGCGAGAACUGGUUACAACGCUGGGGUGGUCACAGGUUAUAUCGGGCACUCACUACAGCUCAUGCCGUUGACUAUAUUACCUGCGUGGGUAGUAGACCAGCUGUUUAUGAAUAUCAUGCGUCGCGUCAGCGAAGGGAGAUUUGGAGGAGGACAAUCGCGGAAGUCACGGUAA